AAGUUAGUGACAGUUCGAUUCGGACGAGUGGUCUAUUCACAUCUAUACUACCCAACAAAAAAAACGCGAUGACGUGAAAUUUUGUAAAAUUUAUCUCAUAGAGUAGUUUUGUAGUUUCCAUUAAAAAAAUAUAUAUAUAAAUAAUUUAAAAAGUAGUAAAAUUAAAAAAAAUAUUUAAAUUAUGGAAGAAAUUCUUCAUAAUGGUAAUACUGAGAAAAUAACUAAUGACAACAUGAAUACCAUAAAAAUGGUAAAAGAGAAUUGUCUUCUCGAUCAUAUGGAAAUUUCUAUUAUUGAAGCCGAAAAAAGGGCAAAUGGAGCGCUCAAUUUAAAAGAAUUUUACACUGUCUACCUCAUUGAGACAAAAGUAACGGAUCCGAAUUUUGAAAAUGCCCCAAUGAAAGUGAGUUCAUUGUGGCGUCGAUACACUGAAUUUGAAUUACUACGAGCAUAUUUAGAAAUAUCCUAUCCCUAUGUGGUGCUGCCACCUUUACCUGAAAAGAAAGUUCUCUACGCGUGGCAAAAAGUUACCACCGAUACAUUUGAUCCUGAUUUUGUUGAUCGUCGACGAGCUGGACUCGAGAAUUUUCUAUUGAGGGUAGCAUCGCAUCCAAUUUUGUCAUUUGACAAACAUUUUAUUAGUUUUCUUCAACAGAAAGACGGUUGGAGAGAAAGUGUAAAAGAAACAGGUUAUUUACAAUUAGCAGAGACCAAAUUAAAAGCGUUGAGCGUUGCUGUUAGACUAAGAAAACCUGAUAAACGCUUUGAGAAUAUAAAAAAUUAUGGAAUCGAAUUACAGAAUAACGUUUGUAAUUUACUGCGAGUUCGUUCAAGAUUAGCAGAAAAACAAUAUAGUUUAUAUAAAUUACAUGCAAAUUAUGGACGAGUUUUUAGCGAAUGGAGUGCCAUAGAAAAAGAAAUGGGCGAUGGAUUACAGAAAUCGGGUCACUAUCUGGAUUCAUUAGCGGCAACAAUUGACACGACCCUUGAGGAGGAGGAGCUCAUUGCGGAUCAAUUGAAAGAAUGGCUUUUCAGCGCAUCUGCUCUGCAACAAGUUGUACGUCGUAGAGAAGCUUUACAAUUAGCGACAGAUGAAACACACGAUGCGUUACACGCUACUUAUGAUCAGAAAAAUAAAGCAAUCCAAGGAAAAUCAAGUCUAAUGUCACGGCUUUUUGGCUCAGUGGAUACAGAGGAUGUUAGGGAAUUAAAAGUUGUUCAAUUAGAACAAAGGAUCACUCAAAAUGAAGAAGCAGUGAAAAAAGCUGAUGAAAAUUUAAUAUCAUUUUCGAAUAAAGCUUUAGAAGACAUUGAAAGAUUUCAACAUCAAAAAGUUAUAGAUCUAAAGGAAACUCUAUCAGCUUACUGUGUUCUACAAUUUAAACUUGCUAGAAAGAGUCUACAGUCUUGGCAGCACAUUAAAGAAUGCCUCGAAGGAAUACCGUAAACGACUGCAUUAACACAAAUUCUAAAAGUACAAUUUUCCUAAUUAACUUAUUAGAUCACGUCCAUUUUAUUGUGUCAUAUCUAUAUAAAUAUAAACAUUAUACAUUCCUGCACUUGAAAAUUUUGAGUGUCCAAUAUUGUUAUUUAAGAUUUUUUAUAACAUUAUAUUGAAUUAUAUUAAAUGUCCAAUAUAGAAAAACUAUUAGAUAAUAAUUGUAUAAAAUACGA